UUAGUAUCAUCUAGUGAGAGAUAUAGUUAGAGGAAAUAGGUUCUACGAUACCAGAAAACAAUAAGUGAAGUGAGCAAUCUCUUAUCGUGAUCUGCCCAAAUAUCAAGUCACAGAUGUCCGAUAGAUAAAGAACAGAAGUGAAAAAAAAGAUUCACCAAUUUUCCAUUUGAACCACAUCAAGAGGAUCCGUAUUUCAUUGGUACCCUAGCUGGAAAUCGAUCUGACUCCACUUUCACCCAUCAUCGGUGAAGAAAAUGCACAAUUUGGUCAUUAUUGCAAUAACACUCAGUUGUGGCGCCAUUUCAUGGGCCCAACAGAAUGCCGGAAGCAGCGUUUCUCCGAAACUAAUAAAAUGCUACAACGACAGUAGUAUUCUUGAAAAAGACAACAGAUUACCAGCAACCAUGGAAACGCUCAUUGCCCUCAUCAGGAAAAUAGAAGACAACGCACCCUUCAGGAACAAUCGAAACUUGGCAUCUCAAUUAUUGUUUAGCUUCCGACAAGAUGGAAUAGUACGGUCUAAAGGGGCGGACCUUCCAUCAAAAUACGGUAUUCCCUAUAGCCCGAAAGAAUGGAAUGCGUACAGAAAUAUGGUACUACUGAAAAAGAUCAUACCCUACAUUAGCGAGUUGGAUACGAAUAUAUUGACAGAUUUAGAACAGUGUUCCCUUCAUUUUUUCCUCUCUAAAGCGGUGGAAUAUAAGGUACGCGGAGAUGAGCAAAACGUCUGUAACCAACUGGGGAAGUACAGAAUGAGGCAAAGAAGGCAUUUAUCGAGAGCAGAACAGGUUGAACAAUUCAAUUCGCAAACUGACACGUACAGUUCAUGUCCAGUGGAACUCGGAGUGGUACAUACAAAAUGGGGAGAAAUUUUCCCAGGAAGUGUUAUAGCAGGACUAGCCAGCGGUUUGAACAGCCAACAGAUUCCAAUGAAUGGAACAUCUGGCACUUUAGAUUCAAAAUAUGCUGCAACAAUUGUAGGUGAUCUCGCAGAGGCAGCAUUCUACCAAAUAAGUAAAACAGGAGGAAACUCGGUACACAUUGGAGCAGAGGGAAAUUGGAACAGUACGCUCGAACCGAAAUGGUAUUUCGUCAAAAGUAAUCAGUUCUUACAGAUGACAGACGCUGAAAUUCGCGGAGAUUUGGACGGACUCUAUCUCGCUUCGAGUAUCAAUGACAUCAAGAAGGUUUAUCAGGAUAUAAAAGUCUCUCAGAUACUAGAUCUGUACUACUCGCCCAGGGGAGUAUUCAACUCUUCCUUGAGAGCGUGCAACAGGAAAUCUCUGGAAACAUUCUUCACUACAACGGAAAAACUGAUCGAACAAACUACCUAUUUCGAAAGGUUACUUGAUCAGGUUGCGAUCUUGGAUAGCUCUAUAGAUCCCAGUAAAUUCAAGGAAUUAGCUGGAUUGGCAGUGGACAGUUUCAAUAAAUAUAUACCGGGAAAUUUGAACGAUCCGGUUUGUUCUCAAGAGAAUAACACCUUAACCAGAGUGGUAAGUGAUUUGACAAUAUUCCUGGAUAUGGAUUACGAAUACGAGAAGAUUCAUCCCAUGUUGUCAAAUUUCUUGGAAAACAUAGAUGUUAACAAAUACGAAACAAAAUUCAGUUUGGCCGAUGCCAAAACCUGUCAGACCCUCAUAAAUGCAUCAACCAGCAUAUUAGAUUUUCAUCAAAAGAUCAACAAAUCAAUUACAGAUGGAAUACAAAAAGGUACGGAUUUUGGACUUAUUCUUGAGACCAUAGAAUCCCUAACUAUUUCGAAGCUGAAUAACCAGAGUGAUGCUGGCGGGUAUUCAUCAGUUUAUUUGAUAAUAACUAAAGCAGUUCCUAGUGAAAAUCAGAAGACCUUUGCGACAUCGAAAGUAGAAGAAAUGAAAAAAAAAUAUCCAGACACAAGAGUACUGAUAUUAGGUGUUGGACAAAAAACGGACUACAAGGAUUAUGUGAUCAAUACUGAUUCAGAUGUUUUCAUUAUGCCGAACACAGAAAACAGAAACAAUAUCGAGACGGAAGCUGCACUAAAAACGAAAAUAAAUGAAAUGGUCCAACGCCUGAAAGAAUUACCCAGAAGUAUUAUCAAUCCUAAAUGUGGGUCUUUAAUGAAUUCAGAUGAAAAAUCUUCCCUUAGCCUCUUACAAUAUGUGGAACCUACUGGACAGAAUGUUUAUAGAAUAUCCCACAAUUACUUUUAUAAUUCCGACGAAAAUGCCAAGCUUAGAGUCAGCGCGGAGGGUGGAUCAGUGACAGUAUGCAUUUCGCGUAUAAUAAACAUUCCUAAUCCGGCAAAUAGGUCACAAGAUUGCAAGACAAUUAAUAGUGACGAAUAUUCUCAUGAUAUCAAAGGAUUUUGUGAUGAUAGUUUCGAGGAUUGUGAACCCCUAUAUAUUUCAGUAAUUGGAGAGACGUCAUAUAACAAAUGUUUCGACGGAAAUUGUCGGUUUCCUGAUAAUAUCAAAUUCACAGUGUACUUGGAGAAUGUAGCAUGUGCAAGUAAUGGAGGGGAAUCCAUAAAUAACCUCAACCGACUAGUGGUCUUUAUAUUCAUUUCACUAUUUUCAUACACAAGUAUUGUAUAGUCUAUUUAUAGAAAUUCAAUGAAUAAAUAUUACAUUUUCACGUC